UCAUUUCACGGAAACCAGUGGUACUGAAGUUAGCCGGGAGUGUUAAGAGGAAGAGACAGAACAGCUGAGCGCCAGUCGCUGGUGAUGCCGUGUAGCACUGCUUGAUUUACAAGGGCACAUCAGGAUUGGGAACAUGUCAGCUUGAGCACAGCUGAUCAUGGAGACUACACGCCUCAAUGCGCUCCAGCCUGGUCUGCACAGGAGGUGGUGGAUCUCAUCGCUGUGUGGAGAGAAGAGUCUGUGCAGGCAAAGCUCCAAUCCAGCAGAAGAAAUGCUGACAUCUAAAGAUGUGGGUCGCAGGACUUCAUGGUGGCCAACCAUGAUGCUGGGGAAGGCACCUCUGGCCUGAGGACAAUGGAGUCGGUGGAGAAAUGGCACAAGGAUUACAUAGCCUUCAAGCUUCUGGACAAAAAAUAUAACUCAAAGAGGAAUGAGGUUACAGGCUUGAUUGUAAAGCACCUUCAGAAAACCUUGAAGAUGCCCAGCUCCUUGCAGCUCUCCUCCUCGGUGGCUCUCUCCCAGCAUUGCACAGGCUCCUGUCCAAACUUGAUGAUGGAUAGGAAUGACGCGCUCAAUCGAAAGCCUGACAGCGUGUCCCCUGCGCUCCAGCUGCCCACUAGGAAACAUCGAACGCUCUGCUUUUUGCUCUCAUCGGAUGGGGAUGGCCACUCUGAUGGCCUGGUGUGCCAGGGGUGGCGGAGGAGUUUGCACGCUCAGAUGGAGCAGGCUCACAGUGGUGGAACUGGCAGCAGCACAGGGUCUCUGGAGCGAGCAUCCCUUUUCUGUGCCUCUAGAUCCAAUUCUUCCUCUAGUUCUACCUUGUCCAGUCCAGUGGGUCCACUCACCAAAGUCAAAUCCUCCAGCCGGUUCUCCCUGUUCUCUCUGCCAUCAUGGAACAGCAGCGCCGAGCUGGAUUUCAACCCUCUGUCCUGCUCCAGCUCCAAGAAGUCCCACAGCUACAGCCAGAGGGGGGGUGCGAAGCCUGAGGAACCCAGCGACCCAAAGCCAGGAGGACCGGAAUACUUCAACUUCUCAGAGCCUGUCAUCGCCAGGGUGAUGGACUGCAUCUACCUGGGGAACCUCAAUGCGGCCUACUGCGGGAGGGUGCUGUGCAGAAACAACAUCGACAGCAUCAUCGACAUGAGCAGCCUGCCCAGCAACUGCAGCCUGAGUGUCAUUCCAUGCACAUGCAGCCGAGGAGGGCUCCGGCACAACUGGUCCCGCCUCAAGGUGGAUAUCCAGGGCCCCCUGAAUGGGAAAUGUCUUGCCCUGAGGGAGCCUUGCUUCUGGGACAUCAAUGAGUGCAUUGAAGCCUCUUUGGAGAAGAGAAAGCGGGUCCUCAUCCACUGUCUGGAUGGCUAUUCCCUGGCCCCUACCUGUGUCAUCCAGUACCUGAUGGUGAAGCAUAACAUGAGGCUGAUGGCAGCUUAUGAGUUUGUGAGGGCCAGGUACCCGCUGAACAUCCGUGAAUGCCAUCAGGAUAUGCUGGUGGGCCUGGAGAGGUCUCUGCAGCCUGGAGAUGUGGACAUGGAGCACUUGAAGCAUUCCAUGUCCCGGAAGGUAGCAUGGACUUAAAAGGACAAUGUGGCGAGGGACAGAGUGCUGUAACUGCUCGGGGGUACUAGCCGUGAAGUGGAACCUGAGGCAGCCAAAAAAAAAAAUAGCCUUAAUCUCCCUUAAUGUGGUGGCUGUAGCUGUUCCAUAUGGAAAGAAGACAAUGCUGGUGGAUGUUCUAGAAGCUGUGUGCAAGGCAGGGUGGCUAUCCUGGGCAGUCGCUGCUGUGACCAUAGUGCAGAAGGUCUCUUAAUCCAUGCAACACUUCACAAGUCACUCUGGACAAGGAUUACUGGGAGGGAACCUCAAGGCACAUCAAGAUGUGUGUGGGCAAGGUCCUGAGUUGACUCUCUGUAAAGCAGGGGUAGGUAAGACAUAGGUUUGCUCAGCAGUUCUGGAUGGGUGUUUCUAAUGACCGCUCUCCCUACUGGGUAUCAUAGCUAGGUUCUUAUGGAAGGCACCAUGUCUAUAGCCAAUUCUCUCAACUGUGUUAGAGGUUGGGGAGAAGGGUUGUGAUUUGGGUAAAGAGGACAUGUUAACACCUGAAAACAGGUGGCAGUUCUGGCAUGAGAGCACCCUUUGAGACUGUAGAUAAACAGACCUUGAUUUGGUUAUGAAGGACAUUAAACUAGUGUCUUCUGGUG